CAUGCGGCGGCGGCGGCGCCGGGGGCGGCCGGGGCCGCCAAUGUGAAGCAGCUGCCAGAGCAGGAGAAGGGCUCAGCCAUGGGGAGCUCAGAGAGAAAAGCAUCCUAUGAGGAUGUGUCUGGGGACUCUGGGGGUCUGGGGGGGGUGGUCAGCACCAUCUCCAGCAGCAGGAGCCCCCUGCAGCCCCCCGAGGCCGACGAUGGGGAGCCCUUCACCACCUACUUUGACAGCAAGAUCCCAAUCCCCGAGGAUGAGACACAUUCCUGCUUCAGCUUCCGCAAGCUGUGGGCGUUCACGGGGCCGGGCUUCCUGAUGAGCAUCGCCUACCUGGACCCCGGCAACAUCGAGUCUGACCUGCAGUCUGGGGCUGUUGCAGGCUUCAAGCUCCUGUGGGUGCUGAUGCUGGCCACCAUCAUCGGGCUGCUGCUGCAGCGGCUGGCGGCCAGGCUGGGCGUGGUCACGGGGCUGCACCUGGCUGAGGUCUGCAACCGCCAGUACCAGAAGGUCCCUCGGAUCAUCCUGUGGCUGAUGGUGGAGCUGGCCAUCAUCGGCUCGGACAUGCAGGAGGUGAUCGGCUCUGCCAUCGCCAUCAACCUGCUCUCCGUGGGGAAGAUCCCGCUCUGGGGAGGAGUGCUCAUCACCAUCGCCGACACCUUCGUGUUCCUGUUCCUGGAUAAAUAUGGCUUGAGGAAGCUGGAGGCGUUUUUUGGGCUCCUCAUCACCAUCAUGGCUGUGACCUUUGGAUAUGAGUAUGUGACAGUGAAGCCCAACCAGGAGAAGCUGCUGCAGGGAUUGUUCAUCCCCUACUGCAAGGACUGUGGCACCCCUCAGCUGGAGCAGGCCGUGGGCAUCGUGGGCGCUGUCAUCAUGCCCCACAACAUGUACCUGCACUCUGCCCUGGUCAAGUCCCGCCAGGUGAACCGUGCAGACAAGAGGGAAGUGCGAGAGGCCAACAAAUAUUUCUUCAUCGAGUCGUGCAUCGCGCUCUUCGUCUCCUUCAUCAUCAACAUCUUCGUGGUGACCGUCUUUGCUGAGGCCUUCUUCAACAAGACCAAUGCUGAUGUGAACCAGGUUUGUGUCAACGCCAGCAGCCCCCACUCCUCGCUGUUCCCCAACAACAACGAGACCCUGGAGGUGGACAUCUACAAGGGGGGCGUGGUCCUGGGCUGUUACUUCGGGCCUGCUGCUCUCUACAUCUGGGCCAUCGGGAUCCUGGCGGCCGGGCAGAGCUCCACCAUGACGGGCACCUACUCGGGCCAGUUCGUCAUGGAGGGCUUCCUGAACCUGCGCUGGUCGCGCUUUGCCCGGGUGCUGCUCACGCGCUCCAUCGCCGUCACCCCCACGCUGUUCGUGGCCAUCUUCCAGGACGUGGAGCACCUGACGGGCAUGAACGACUUCCUCAACGUCCUCAUGAGCCUCCAGCUCCCGUUCGCACUGAUCCCGGUGCUCACCUUCACCAGCCUGCCCAGCGUCAUGCACGACUUUGCCAACGGCCUGUUCUGGAAGGUGGCUGGGGGCCUCCUGAUCCUCCUCAUCUGUUGCAUCAACAUGUACUUUGUGGUGGCCUACGUGAUGUCCCUGCACAACCUGGGGCUCUACAUCGGGGCUGCCGUGCUCAGCGUCAUCUACCUGUCCUUCGUGGCGUACCUGACGUGGCUGUGCCUCAUUGCCCUGGGCGCCUCCUUCCUGGCCUGCGGGAACACGGGCCGCCUGGGCUUCGCCGCCCGCCCCGAGCUCUUCCUCCUCGGCCAAGUGGAUUCCGACCCGUCCAUCACCAGGUGACCACAGCACCAGGACCUGACUGGACCUCCAGGACCCCCAGAGAGGGGGGACAGACCCCCAGGACCCCUCCCUGCCCCGGGACCCCGAGCCCCGGGCGUGUGGCAGGAGCAGAGCUGGGACCCCGAGGGCAGCAGGAGCAGGAGGAGCCACCGGAUCUUGGGGACAGGGACAGCCCCUCAAAGCUUUUCCCCAUUUUUCCCCCCAAAUGGCAGCUGUGAGAAGAGUCCUUUGAUAUUUCCAUUCUGAUCACUCCAGUAGGAUUUUGAUCCUUGGGGGGUUUCCCUAAUGUGGGGAUAUUCCAGGUAAUUUCCAGAAUUCCCAGUGUGAGCCAGGUUUGCUGCCAGGCUCUGACACAAGGGACAGGGGCAUUUCCCAGCAUUUCCAGGAGUUUUGGUGCUUCCAGAGCUCCAAAUCAACCUUCAGAAGGGUUCAAGGGCAGCAGUUCCUGAAAAAUGCGAUGGAGCGCCGGGAAUUUCCUUCUCUGCAGUUUUCAGCCUGUUUUAGAAAUAAAAAUUUUUACCCAGUCCCUUU